AUGGCCAGAAAGCAGAGGCAAAGACAGACGCCGGCGAAGCAGGGAGAGGGACCCAACACAGCCAUCAGCGAGACGACUGCUGCCCCAGCACCAACACGAGAGCAAGCAAUCAAGUACCCCAAGACCGCGUUUCAGUACAUCAAGAAUCUCAACGUGCAGCGCGGUUUGCAAUUGGUAGUUGUAGCUGCUAUCUCGUCGACUAUCUCCCAAGCUAACCUCGCUCCCGUCUACGGAUCAAUACCAUCAGCUGUCUACCACAGGUAUGGGUCAAUCGCAAGCAUCUUCCUGGCAUUUGCUGUAAGACGUCGCCUUCCAGCUUGGGUACAACGAAUGGUCCCGACAUGGGCGUUCUGGAUACCGACGAUCCAAUUCGGUUUGACUGGUUUCAGUGCGCAGCUCGGCAGUCCACUGGGUCCCCUGAUAACGGAGAUCUUGACGUACUAUCCUUUGCUUGUGCUAUCAUUCUACGUGGCAUUGGAUCUUUUUCACGAACUGCAAGACCCUGAAGGAAGCCCAUCACCACUAGCAGAUGCCACACCCGCUUGUGUGCUGUUCGCGAUCUUCUCCUUCGUCCAAAGGAGCUCUCGGGACUGGUUUGUUCGAUGGGUCGGAACCAAUAUCCUCUUCACCCGGAUAGGCCUGCAAAUUGGCGCCGGGCUGCUCUAUUGCAUGAUCCUCCCGCACAGCAUGUUCUGGCCAGCAUUUCCGUCGGUUGUGUUCACAUUCCUAGGCAACUCUCACACACCUCUUCUUCGCACAACGGAUGUCUUGAACAACACGCUCUCUCUCUACGAUUAUACGCUCGUUGAGCGACGGGAGUCUUUGUCUGGGUAUAUUUCAGUGUUGGAUUCGAAUAAAGACGGUUUUCGCGUCAUGCGAUGUGACCACUCGCUGCUCGGAGGAGAAUGGCUCAAUCCUCCUCCGCCGAAGAAGGGUGAUCCUCCUCGACUCGUGGCCGAGCCCAUCUAUGCCGUGUUCACCAUGCUGGAGUCGAUCCGCCUUGUUGACCCACCCCCAUCGACGCCCAUGGGAGAACAGAGAGCUCUCAACAUUGGCCUAGGUAUCGGCACCGCCCCAUCAGCACUAAUUCAUCACGGAAUCAAGACCACCAUCCUUGAGCUCGAUCCCGUCGUCCACGAAUUUGCCGUCAAAUACUUCAAUUUGCCGCAUAACCAUUCCUACGCCCAUGGCGAUGCAGCAGCGUGGGUAUAUCGGCGGAAGGAGCAGCGAGCACGACAGUUUGACUACAUCAUCCACGAUGUUUUCACGGGUGGCGCGGAGCCGGUGCCUCUAUUCACAUCAGAUUUUCUGUCCGGUCUGCAUAUGCUGCUUGCAGACGAUGGGGUCAUCGCCAUCAACUAUGCUGGAGAUCUCAGAACACCCAGUGCAUCGCUGAUCUAUCGUACAAUAACAUCAGUUUUCGGAGCAUGUCGUAUCUUUCGCGAAGAGCCGGCACCGAAUAAGGAGAGCGAUGGUGACUUUACGAACAUGGUCUUCUUUUGUCGGAAGCCUUCUACGCAGCCCGUCAAAUUUCGGAAUCCGGUUAAUGCUGAUUUCUUGGGCUCCGGUCUACGCAAAGCGUACAUGUUUCCGCAGCAUGAGAUUGACGCGGAAGAAUUCGUUCGCGAGGGCGAGGUGCUGACUGCGAAGAAUGCAGCGAAGUUGGAAAAGUACCAGACCAGAAGUGCCAUAGGCCAUUGGAAAGUCAUGCGCACUGUUCUGCCGGAUGGAGUGUGGGAGAAUUGGUGA